UUGAAUACAUGAUGGCACCCUGCGUCAAACUAAAAAAAGAAUCUACUCGCCUGGGAUGUAUUGACAGUAUAUGACCUGGGAACUCGUAUUGACUUGCCAACUCGGAUGCCACGAUCAGGCCUGAAUGCAGCACGCGAGCAAUGAGAAUUAGGCCUAAGAAUGAGGGGAACGAGGGAUUGGGGCUUGGUCUCAUCGAAUUUGAUGUCAUGCGCCUGAGAGUUUCUCCGAUGGCUGGAGUUGUGUCUCUUUCGCUAUCCCAAUAUGGAGAUGAGUGUAGCACAAGUGAUGGAUCGCGAGGGGGUGAUGUGCAUUGCCUUUGCUUAUGAUGGUCUCUGUGAGAGAAGAAAAAAACAAGGGAGUGCAAGGUUAAUAUGGGUUAUGCCAGUUAUGCAAGUAGCCAUGCUGACAUUAUAAAGGCCCCCUAGGGUAUACUAUACAAACCCUCAUAGAGCCCAUACUCUCACCACUAACCACCAACCAUCGCCACCAGCAGCCUUUUAAUCCAAAUAGAACCCCCAAAUCCAAGAUGGACAGCUUCGACCUCGCCAACGCACCCCCCGAAAUCCGAGCAUACACCAUCCCAAUCAUCUGCCUGAACCUUUACACCAACAGCAGCUGGCUCUACGUCUACUUCGGCAUGAUCUACCGCUCCAUAAAAGACAAGUCCUACGCCAUGCCCCUCUACUCCCAAUGUCUUAAUAUCGCCUGGGAAUUAACCUACGGUCUUAUAUACACCGACGACUGGAUGAUCUUCACCACGUUCCUCGUCACCUUCCCCACGAACUGCCUCGUCAUCUGGGCGGCCAUCAACCACGGCGCAAGAGAGUGGGACCGCUCGCCCCUGGUACAGCGCUAUCACCUCUGGUACUAUGUGGUCGGGACGAUGGUCUCUGUUGCGCUGCACAUGUGCGUUGCGUCGGAGCUGGGAAUCGAAAAGGCAUUCUUUGUCGGUGCGAUCGGGUGUCAAGCGGUGUUAAGUGUAGGGUAUCUUGGUAAUUUGAUUCAUAGGGGAAGUACGAGGGGGUUUUCGAUGCAUUUGUGGUAUUUUCGCUUCACAGGCUCCCUAACCCUCGUCCCCGAGUUCUACCUGCGGGUAAAAUACUGGCCCGAGAGAUUUGGCUUCCUAGGCCAACCCAUCAUGCUCUGGUGCUGUGCUGUCUUCCUAGGCUUUGACUUGGUCUACGGGAUCUGUUUUUGGUAUAUUCGGCGACAGGAACGCGAGACGGGCAUGCUGCUUGCUGAUGGACGGAAGAGGAAGUGAUUAUCUCUAGAUAAGUUAGGCUGAGAGAUGCGUUGGUCGAUUGGUUGGAAGGAUUUGCCGGCUUGGGAUGAAGAUUACUGAUUAUUUAGACUAUCUUAUCUGGAUCAUGGGGUCGGCUUGGCCAUGUGGUGAUGUUAAUCUAUGGGAAUUGAUGGGUUGGUUAACUUGGUUUCGCCGAUGUAUGUGCGAGGUUGAGUCUAAUGUGAUCUUUGGGAGGAAUGAUCUCUUCUUCUCCUUCCUCUUCUUCUUCUUCUUCUUCUUCUUCUUCUUCUUCUCAAGACACGGAGUAGAAUAGAAGAACAUAUUGAGUACUAAUAAUUCCAGCCUAGUGUUUCAUCUUCACAGAAAUAUAGUAGAUAGAAUCACAUACACUUCAGUAAGCCAACCCAGAAGAUAUACAAACAAUAAUCGAUACAUAAGAAAUCCAUCCAGUAUAUCGUUCUUCAAAAACAAACCAUCUCCAUAAAAAUCAAAUCAACAACUCCGAUCGACAACACUCCCAAACCCAAAGCACCACGGAAAAAGCAAGCAGAGCAAAUAAACCCAUCCACGGAUGCAACAAAAAGCUAAGGCGAAAAUGUCCAUGCCAAGAAUAACCGGCCCCAGUUUUUAAACAUCGGGUUGUAAGACAUUUUCGCGGUUCAACCGUGGUUGAGAUUGCAGUUCAGUGGUCUAUGCUUCCAAAGGGUUUGUUGUCGAUAGGAUUUCAGAGUCAGGGGGGU